GCACCUCGAGAUGAUCCAAAAGCACGUUAUGUUGAAUAUUCACUCACAGCGUCAUCUAAUGCUUUCUCUGUUGCUCCCCAAUAGACUGAUCAUGUUAUCGUCAGCAUCCAUUUCCCAUGAGCAAUCUUCGCUCUGUACAUCUCACAGAAUUUACUACCCUUGAAAAGAUCUUUGACCUCCUCAAAGAAGCGUUGUAUCUGACUAAAAUCAUCGCGACUCGCGCACGUUGUACCUGUGGCUGGGUUCUCGAAGACGACAGCGCGCCAGGCAUACCCAUUGUUCACACUUUUUUGCGCGAAAUCGAGUUUCGUCGCGUUCGCAACAUCGGCGAUCUCCUGCUUUUAUUUAUCCUUCCCAAUCUUGGGUCAUUUGCAUCCGAUGACUUCUUCGAGUUUGAGGAUUCCGAAUCCAUCCGUGGGGUAUCUGCCUGCUUUGCGGGCCAGUUUGAUGAUCCUUAUUAUGAAGAAGUGCCCUUUGGAGAACUUGUUGCUCGUAAUCUUUGUGCGGAUAUCGGUCUCUUACCCUAUCUCCGCAGUCUCGGUCUCUAUGCCACCACCUAUCCUGAGGAUGAUAUUUAUGAUAAGGGGACUGGCAACAUCUUUGCAGACGUGAUUACUUCUAGAUGAAGCUUGAGCACCUACGCGUUGAAGUUUACUACCUGGGUCUUGAUUCUUCUGUCGUUGAAAGAUUCGAAUCGUUCAAGCGUCCGCGUCAGGGCUUGGACAUUAGCUGGGUUGCAUGGGAAUAAUUGCAAAUGCAGGGUUCAGAAAGUUGAGACGACAGCAGAUCUGACAGGAAGACAUUGUUUUAUCUUCUAUCGGUGACUUGAAUUAUUAAUGUUACAUGGCGUUGUUGAAGCUUGCCAAUAUGUCGAUUAUUUAAUAUCUAGAUAAAAGUACUCGCAUCUUUACGUUACACAAUUGGCAUUAUUGGAGGCACGCUUGCUGAUUGAUUGGUUGCUCCUUCUCUAUAGAUACAACAUUCGUGUAAGUCGCUUAUCGGCCAUUCUCUGCUCACUGUGUAGUAGUCGAAAGACUCAUUGAUCGAGUUUACGAACGAGUUAAGAAUAGUCUGUGCGCCACGCGAGUUUCC